UGGAAACUAAUAUACUUGUUGAAAUGACAGUUUGAAAGCUCGUUGACUUCGAAUCAAGAGGAGCGCAAAAUCCUUCAACAUGGAGCAAUAUGAAAUUCUGGAGCAGGUUGGGAAAGGAUCUUUUGGUUCUGCUCUUCUUGUGAGGCAUAAACAUGAAAAGAAGAAGUAUGUCCUGAAAAAGAUUCGCCUUGCUCGCCAGACUGAUAGGAUCCGUAGAUCUGCCCAUCAAGAGAUGGAACUGAUUUCUAAGGUAAAGUGUCCGUUUAUUGUGGAGUACAAAGAUUCUUGGGUAGAGAAGGGUUGCUAUGUUUGCAUAAUCAUAGGAUACUGCGAAGGAGGAGACAUGGCCGAGGCUAUAAAAAGAGUCAAUGGUGUGCAUUUCUCUGAGGAGAAACUCUGCAAGUGGCUAGCUCAACUCCUAGUGGCACUUGAUUACUUGCAUGCCAACCAUAUUCUUCAUCGUGAUGUCAAGUGCUCAAAUAUAUUUUUGACAAGAGACCAAGACAUACGGCUAGGUGAUUUUGGUCUUGCUAAAAUGUUGACAUCUGAUGACCUUGCUUCAUCUGUUGUGGGAACUCCUAGUUAUAUGUGCCCCGAGCUACUUGCUGACAUACCUUAUGGUUCUAAGUCAGAUAUUUGGUCCUUGGGAUGCUGCCUGUAUGAAAUGACAGCUCACAAACCUGCAUUUAAAGCUUUUGAUAUCCGGGCUCUCAUUAACAAAAUAAAUAGGUCUAUGGUGGCUCCUUUACCAACCAUGUACUCCAGUGCAUUUCGAGGACUCAUAAAAAGCAUGUUACGGAAAAAUCCAGAACUUAGACCAAGUGCUUCAGAGUUGCUCGCUCACCCACAUCUUCAGCCGCAUGUCCUCGAAAUUCAUCAGAAAUUGAAUGGCCCUAGGUGCAACAUCUUCUCCGCUGGGUGGCCUGAUUCCUGCUUCAUGAAGAAAAAUAGAUUUGUGGAGCAACAUAGUACGGGUCUAAGUGACAUCGGCAGAAGGCGGUCAUUCAGCAAUGAUAGGGCUUUGAACCCUAGCGUAUCUGAAACCGAACAUGACUCCUUACCUACUAUUCGAAGAGAGCAAGAUAUUUCAAGUUUUUUGUUCGAAAAAUUCACAGAAUUUUCUGCUGGUAUUGAUAAUGAAGAGAUUACAACUAACAGGUCAACAGCCACAAAGUUUCCCACUGCUGCUAAGAUCCAAAGAUUGACACUAGCUCCAGCAGUGUCCGUCACUCCAAGGAAGCAUAUAAUACAAGCAAAGGUAUCCAAGACCGGGAAAAAACAUGAUUUGGUUCCAGUGUCACGCACGCCACCAAGUAGAUCAUCCUACUCCUCGCGCAGAGUAUCCCUUCCAUUGCCAACAAAGACUGCAGCCUUGGUGACACCCUAUAGAGCCAAUGUCGGUUCACUUCCCGGCAUGAACUCCCCAGAUGUAUCUGUCAAUGCCCCACGAAUUGACAAAAUUGCAGAGUUCCCUUUAGCAUCUUCCAAUGAUCCGGUUUUACCUAUGCACGGAACCUCAUCUACAUCAGCGAAGUGCUCUUAUUCAUCGAUCGACAGUGCUGACCGUUCUAUAACAAAGGACAAAUGUACAGUUCAGAUUCUGGACAAAGUUGUCACCACAUCAAGUGUCAGCGAUCAACGCCUUGAAGUCGGCUUGGAGCAUAACUGUGCUGUUGUAUUAACCCAUUCAUCUUCUGACUCGCAGCGGCGGCGGUUUGACACUUCAUCGUACCAGCAGCGAGCGGAGGCAUUGGAAGGGCUGCUUGAGUUCAGUGCAAGGCUCUUGCAACAACAAAAGUAUGACGAGCUUGGGGUAUUGUUGAAACCAUUUGGACCAGAGAAAGUGUCUCCCAGGGAAACUGCCAUCUGGUUGGCUAAGAGCUUUAAGGAGACUCAAGUCUAAAGACGAAAAAAAUGAAUGCUUAGCCAAUAUUACCACUUGUACAUAAUUGACGUUGCCCCUUUUCCUCGUUUCAAAAUUAGAAGUAAAAUUAGGAUAGGUCUUCUACUCGAAGACAGCACCGGUGGAUUCCUGAUAUGGAUUUGGAACUUUGCAUCAACCCCUCAAGUUGUUUAAUGUUUGAAAUA